AUACCAAAACGGAACGCACUAACCACAGAAUAUCAAAAGAGUGCCAUCUACCCCCAGUCCAUGCACUUGCAACCGCGUUCAAACCGCGUGACGAAAUAAUAAAAGCAGCGCGCUGGCUGAAUCGCUUGCAUUCGAGACAGCGCGGGCACGCGCCACGAUUCGAAAAAAAAAUUCCAAAUUCAAACUUUUCUUCUUAAAACAGUGUUCUAAAACUACAAACACGUUGCGUUCAAGUGCCAGUGUGUACAUCGUAGAGACUUUGGCGUGUGACUUGAUAUUUCAUUUUAAAGCUCCUGAAGCCAAGAUGACUCUAGAACAGCCAGCCGGUGAGAUGUGGCAGAAGAUCCGUGAAGAGCUGAACGAGAAAGCGGACACUAAGGAUGCUGACCUGGCCCAUAUCAAGGAGUGGCUCAAGAAGGAACCCCAUCUUCCUGACGAGUUCGAUGACCAGCGUAUCAUGACCUUCCUGCGCGGUUGCAAGUUCUCCCUGGAGAAGACCAAGCGUAAACUGGACAUGUACUUCACCAUGCGUUCGGCCGUGCCCGAGUUCUUCACCGACCGCGAUGUCACCCGUCCAGAGCUCCAGGAGAUCCUCAAUAUUGUGCAAAUGCCGCCUCUGCCUGGUCUUACUCCCGAGGGUCGCCGUGUCAUCCUAAUGAGAGGCAUAGACAAAGACAUCCAAACCCCGAACGUGGCAGACGCGUUCAAGCUGGCGCUCAUGCUGGGAGACGUGAGGCUGAACGAGGAGAAGGAAGGAGUAGCUGGAGACGUGUACAUCCUCGACGCUUCCGUGGCCACGCCUACACACUUCGCCAAGUUCACGCCAACGCUGGUGAAGAAGUUCCUCGUGUGUGUACAGGAAGCCUACCCAGUCAAACUGAAGGCAGUCCAUGUGAUCAACGUGUCGCCAUUGGUCGACAAGAUCGUCAACUUCGUCAAGCCUUUCAUCAAGGAAAAGAUCAGAGACAGGAUUCAUCUCCAUUCUGAUAUCAAUGAGCUCUAUAAGCACGUUCCUAAGGAAAUGCUUCCUACAGAAUACGGUGGCAACUGCGGCUCCAUGAAUGAUCUACAUAAUUCAUGGGUGAAGAAACUGGAAGAGUACAAAGACUGGUUCGCUGAGCACGAAAACAUCAAAGCGGACGAAUCACUCCGGCCAGGCAAACCCACCAACUAUGACGAGCUCUUUGGCAUCGACGGUUCCUUCCGUCAACUCGUCAUCGAUUGAUCAUCGGCGAAGACGUAGUCCUAGCUGAAAGCGACAUAAUUCGUCGGGUGACAAGCAAAAGUCACGAAGUACUAUCAAAAACAUAAAGUAAUAAUGCACUUUAUUACACUUGUAACACGGUUUAUUGUCCAAUAAUUUCAAUGGUAUUAGUUAGUUACUUUUGCUUGUCACCCGACCAUAUGAUCUCCAAUACUAUAAUAAGACUAGUUACAGUUACUGUAGUAGCUAUUUUUUAUAUUGUAGCUCUGCUGUGUUUGUCGCUUCAGUUAGGAUAAAACCUAACGACGCAUGGGAACGAUCUUAAUUCAAAAAUAACAGCGUCUUUCUGGUCAAAAGGCUCCAAUUAAUCGGUUGUUGGAAAGCUAAACAUAACAAUAGUUUUCAUGUAAUUUUUUUGUCUAGAAGGACCGUCACUAUUCGUGUUUGGCGUUAGGUAUAAUUUUUGAUACUCGGCCAGAUUCAAAAGACUUUGUCAUACAAAAAAAUACUCAAAUUGACGUCUUUCUAAUUUGGCAAUGUAUUGUUAGCGUCUCUCUACUGUCGCCUUACUUAGUUACCAUUUAGUCUAUUUGGUGCUCUUGUAUUAUAUGGACCAAAUAUUUUGUGGACCAAAGCUAAAGGUCCUUGCUCAAUGUUUGCGGUGAUAUGAUUGAUGUUUGCUUUGAAUAUUUUAGGCGUUUGGACCAAUAAAUACUCUUAUUUUUUAUAA